AUCUACCUCAGCAGGUCUGUGUGUUUCUCCAGCGCUGAAACCAAAAAACCAGACGAUCACCUCCGGCAUCUUCCUCCGCCAUUAUGCAGUUUCCAGCAGCAGCGCUGCUCCUUGUGCUCUGUGUCGGCUUCGCGCAUGCAUCAGCACGCAGGGGGGGCGAGGGCCGGUCCAAGAGGGCGAUUGGGGGCCGCGUGGCCCUGAAUGUCCCCUGGCAGGCUCUGGUGCACUUCGCGGACGGUGUGCUGGACGGAGGGAUCGGAGGCGGGGCGCUGGUGUCUGACCGCUGGGUCCUGACCAGCGGGAGGAACGUGUUUCAGAAGAAGCCUCGCCAUACAGACCCAAAGCAGGUCCCCGACAUCCCCAAGAUCUACCUGGGAGUCAAGAACCGCCACCCUGUGGACCCGGCCAGCGAGGUGGAAGUGGAGAAGGUGGUCCUGCACCCAGGCUUCCAGAACAUCUCCACCUGGGAGAACAACCUGGCCCUGAUCAAACUGAAGAAGCCCGUGGUGUUCAGCAGCAAGAUCCUGCCCAUCCCGCUGCCCAGGUGCGGGCAGAACCUGGAGGAGACGGUGGGCACACUGGGCGUGUUUGCAGGCUGGGGCUGGAGCCAAGUCCUCCAAUUCGCCGACCACCUGAAGUUCCUGAACGUGCCCGUGGUGAGCCAGGAGCUGUGCCAGCAUGAGUACAAACACGGGGGCGAGGUGGACAGCGACGAGCCCCUGGUCGACGGCCGCACGUUCUGCACCGGCGUCAGCGCGGAGGCCUGGAACGUGUGCGUCGGGGACGAGGGCGGAGCCCUGGCGGUGCUGGACCCCAAGGACGGCACGGUGUACGCAGCCGGCCUGCUCUCCUACGACAAGAACUGCGCGACGGAGAAGUACGGCGUCUUCACCAAACUGUCGGCCUACAUGCCCUGGAUCGACAGCGUGAUGAGGGGAGACUCUGAGCUGUACGACGCCCAGCGGGCCUUGGAGGUCCGCAAAAUGCUGGCAAAUCUGAAGGAAGACUGACGCGAUAACUUAAAAACUAUCGCUCUUUGAAUUUCAGAUGUGUAUUAAAAUGGGUACAUACGUUUUCUGAAACCGUGUCUGAAGUUCUCAAAAUUAAAAACAAAAAACAUAAUACCAUUAAUCAUUCUGGAAAAAGUCUCUGAAACAUUUCUGUCAAAACCAAAUUAUGACUUCAAAUUUUUGUGUCAGACAUUCACACACAUGCAUCAUAUGAAUAAACCAUACUGAGAACCAA